UCUUGACGCGGAAUUUACAUUACUAAUCAUUGUUUUGACUGUGAAACUUCACGUGUUCAUAUUCCGUAGCAGGUACAGAAGUAACUGAACGCCCUCUUCCGAUCCAGAUUGAUAACGUCGCAGUGGAGUUGAACUUGACGUUUAAUGACAAGAAUUUCACCGACGCUUUAUACGAUUCCAACUCUACUGAAUACAAGGAGCUAGAGGCUGAAAUCUUGAUGCUGCUGGCUGGAGUACUGCAGUCUGGGGACUUCUCCAACUCAACUACGGUAGUCCUGGAGUUCAGUCCCGGGAGUGUGGUGGUUACAAUCUUGAUAACCAUAGACUCUGUACCAGUAAGACUCAAUGUUAUACUGGCUGAGGAUGGAUCAAUUGCUCUUGGUGACGCGAUUGCCGAGGAACUAGUCACACUGACCUCAGAGGGUCUCUCCAAUAACAAUGUGGAUGUCGUGCUUUCCAAUGUGGCGGUUCAAGAAGUAACAACAACAACAACAACAGGUGAGCGUACCACCCCCUUCCCUGAAAAAAAACACCCUUUGUUGUAAAUUUGUCCCUCUCUCAUGCACUUAGGGUCACUGCAUUCAUUGAAUAGAACAAUAUAUUCCAUCUUUCAUAAAUUAGCAAAUUCCACAGACUAAUGUAACAAAUUCUUUAAAACUCUAACCGCGAUAAGCAUACUAAAUUAUAAUUCUUCUUAUUAUUAGAAUUGUUAUAACUUAUUGUUAUUCCCAUCCCUCUGUACUCUCUC